AUGACGGAGGAAAUUGUCGCCCCUGCCAUGCCGCAGUUCGAGAACGGACAACCCAGUUUUGAAUACGACCACAUCUUCCGUUGCUUCAAGGAGAAGGGUAAUGGUUUGCUCUUCCGGAUGGUCAACUCACAGCAGAAGAAGUGGGCCUUCUACAACGACACAGCGGACACCAUCAUGCAGGUCAAGGCUCGCUUCAGCCCGGACUGCAAGGUUGAGAAGCUUAACCGAGCCCGCGCAACAAAGGUGCCUGUCGGCACAGAGGAGAACCCAGACCUGUGCGAGACGGUUGUGACCCUGGAGGUGUACCCCUUGGUGACCGAGCCGUUCAUCAAGGGUGACGUGAAUGGGUUCCAGCUGGAGUUCCAUACAGAGCAGAUUCCGGUGAACGACGUAAAGUUCAUGAACCGCCACUGCCUCUUGCCGCACUACGACAAGGUGUACAAGUGCUUCAAGAACGAGGGCAACGGUCUGCUCUUUCGCCUUGUGGACGAAAAGGAGGGUAAGUGGUACUACUACAACGACACACGCGAGUUCCGCAUGACAGCCACGGUCAACUUCCCCAACGAGGACGAUGUGAAGCCGCUCGGCAACACGGAGACGGUGCCGGUCCAGGACGACGACAGCGCGGUGGUCUACCAAAUCACGGUGGAUCCAGGCAAGGCGGAGCCGUUCAUUGAGGGAAGACCCACCUCCUACCACCAAGCAUUCAACGCGGACCCGAUCGACGAGAGCUGCGUGAACCCGAAGGAAGCGCAGUACGUCAACAGCGAGCCGGACAGCAGCAUCAUCGACGUUAGUCAGUGUAAGGUGUUUAAAUGCUUCAAGGAAAACGGCAACGGACUACUUUUCCGCCUCGUGGACGAGAAGGCCGGUCGCUGGGCGUUCUACAACGAUACACAGGAGUACGUGAUGAAGCCCAAGGUGCGCUUCUUUGGCGGAGCGCUCGUGGUGCCCGGACCGGAUGCGCAUAUGGCGCCCGACCCAGAGGAGGAGGAUACGACUGUGGUCACUAUCGAGGUUCCCCCGUGCGAGACACGCCUGUUCAUCGAGGGCCGCCCUGCAAAGUACGAGGUCUCUGUGGUCGCCGACAGCAUCCACAAGAGCGUGCCGGAGGACAGCCCGGAGUUCGCUCAUGGUGAGCCAGACCGCAAAGUGAUGAACUAUGACGCUGUCUAUCAAUGCUUCAAGGACAAGCCGGAUGCCCGCCUCUUCCGCAUCGUUGAUUCCAGCCGCCAGCAAUGGGGCUUCUACAAUGACACGACAGAUGUUUUCUUCACCGCUCGCUUCACCUUCGACGCCGAGGGUAAGGUCCGCACCUUGGGAGACACGGAGAAGGAGCAGAACAGUGACAACGAGACCCAGUACGUUGUCUCCAUUCCACCUCUGACGACGGUGGAGUUCGUGCAGGGUGACGUGAGGGGCUUCAAGUCGCAGUUCACAGGCAAGCGUAAGGUGUCCUUGCAGGCAUCUGCGUAG